UCAUAAUAUGAAGCCUGUUUUAAUUUUAUUGUAGUUAAAUUUUAUCUACGUUUUGGCUUCAUCCUUAAUAUUCUUAAACUAAUCGAUAAUUUUGAGAAAAUAAUAACAAUUAAACAAUAGUGUUUAUAUAGUUUUGUAGAUAUUCGUAAAACUUAUAAUUGUCAACAACUUUUAUGUGUACUGAAGAAGUACUUAUAUAUAAGUCUAGACAAAAACAGCAGAUGUCAAUAGAAGUACUCAUGUUUCAGGUAUAGCGAACAAGAUAUAAUAAUCUUUUGCUUAUUAAAUGUGUUAUUAUUAACAUCUUUAAGAAAAUAAUUCAAAUUGGAGGAAGAAAAUAAUUUCAUUUUGUUAUUAAAAACUUAUAAUGAUUCAUGUUAAAUAUGUUUAUGAAUUUGGUUUAGGUUAGGUUACAUUUAAAAGUAAUUGUUUAUGAUUGUACUUAAGGAUAAAUAUUAUGCAAAUUUAUAAUAAUAUAUAAUAAACUUGAUAUAUAUUUUAUAGCUUUAAGGAAGUAAAAGAAAUGGCUAGUACAUCCAGUGAUCAAAAUAUUAUUGCCCAAAAGACUUGGGAGAUGUCAAAUAAUAUUGAAACAAUUAGUACAGUCGAUGAAAUCUACAGAUAUGAUAGAAAAGAACAACAAGAUAUAUUGGCCGCUAAACCAUGGGAAAAAGAUCCUCAUUUUUUCAAAGAUAUUAAAAUCUCAGCAUUAGCAUUGUUAAAAAUGGUAAUGCAUGCACGUUCUGGUGGAACAUUAGAGGUAAUGGGUCUUCUGCUUGGAAAAGUAACAGCAAAUACAAUGAUUGUUAUGGAUUCUUUUGCAUUACCUGUUGAAGGGACAGAAACAAGGGUUAAUGCGCAAGCUCAAGCAUAUGAAUAUAUGACUGCAUAUAUAGAAGCUGCAAAACAGGUUGGCAGACAAGAGAAUGCUAUUGGUUGGUAUCAUAGUCAUCCAGGUUAUGGAUGUUGGUUGUCUGGUAUUGAUGUGUCUACACAAAUGCUUAAUCAAAAUUUUCAAGAACCAUUUGUUGCUAUUGUAAUUGAUCCUGUGCGAACUAUUUCUGCAGGUAAAGUUUGCUUAGGAGCAUUUAGAACUUAUCCAAAGGGAUAUAAGCCUGCUAAUGAGGAACCAUCAGAGUAUCAAACAAUACCUUUAAAUAAAAUCGAAGACUUUGGUGUACAUUGUAAACAAUAUUAUUCAUUAGAAGUAUCAUAUUUCAAAUCGUCAUUAGAUAGACGAUUGCUAGAUUCCUUAUGGAAUAAAUACUGGGUGAAUACUCUUAGUUCUUCUAGUCUAUUAACAAAUGCAGAUUAUACUACAGGACAAAUAUUUGAUUUGUCGGACAAAUUAGAACAAUCGGAAGUUGCGCUUGGAAGAGGAUUUGUUUUAGGUGGAACAGAUCCACACGAUCGUAGUACAGUAGAAAAACUUAUUAAAGCAACACGUGAUAGUUCUAAAACUACAAUUGAAGUUAUACAUGGUUUAAUGGCACAAGUUAUAAAAGAUAAAUUAUUUAAUCAAGUUGGAACAAAUAUGACAGAUUCUUGUUAAACAUUCAUAAUAAGUUAAUUUUAAAUGAGAAGCCAAACAAAUGUAUUUGUGAUAUAAGCAAUAUAACUUAUGCAGUUUUUCUGCUUUAAGUUGUGAUUUUUCAUGUCUUGGUAUGACACAAGCAUGUAUUCAAAGACAUAUAUACUUUAAAGACUUAGUGGAAUAAAAAUACAUUUUAUUUUUACAUUUUGAUUUGCUUAGAAAGUAUAUAUAAUGAUGUAUAGGCUUUUAAAAGUUUUAUAGAUCAUUAUCAUGAUACUUAAGCCUGCUUUUAUGUUAACCCGGACUCCAGGAUUUUCUAAAACCAAAUGAAUAGAGGAGCUGCUUAACAAGCUUCUUUCUGUUAACAAUAGGUUCUGUACAAAAAUAUAAAAAGGAGGUUAUCGUUAAUUAUUUGUGCGACAGUAAUUAUUGAAUUCACAAAUGAAACAAACGGAAUCAAAUUACUAUAUUCCUAAUCAAAUAAAAUUCUACGAUUGAAAAAUUGUAUAACUCGAUUUGUCUUCUGACAUUUGGAAAAGUCACGGGAAUCCAAUAACUCAUUUAUUAUAUAUUAAAAUAAUUGAUAUAUUUUUAUGACGAUGAAAAGAUAUAGAUAUAACUUUACUUGAAUUCAUUCAAUUUAUUGAUUUACAAUAUUUAUAAUACAUUACCUAAAAAUAGCAUAAGAAGCAAUGAUGAAAAUCGUCCUACAAAUUACGCGUAUGCCGUAAGAUAAUUAUUAUCAAUAUCAGUAUUAUUGGUAUUUGUAUUUUUCACCAUUAUAAUUAUAAUAAUAAUAAUAUUAAUAAUAAUAAUAAUAAUAAUAAUUAUUAUUAUUAUUAUAUAAAUUUUCAGUCAUCAAAAAAAUAUUAGAACGAAAUUUAUUUAUUAAUUACAUAUAACUACUAUACUAUUUUAAUAUUUAUUAACCUUUGUAUUGCCAAAAAUACGAGUUAUUAGUAUUUUAUUUACUCAAAUGAUGUUUUUUUAUUUUUAUUAUUGAAUUUGUACUGACAUUUAUUAGAAUAUACUACAAUUAUCAGUGAUAAUGAAGGAAUCUUGCUGCAUUUAUGUGCAGUAAUUUUGUUAUACAAUAAAACAUUAAAUUAUUUUAAUAGUUACGCACUUUCGUAAAUUACAUUAUUAGUUUGUGGUGCGGUUUGAUCUUUUAAUAUUCUAAUCGCUGUAAAGCGCAUUUGUGCUUUUGUACUUUACGAGUGAAAAAUUAAUAUUUGGAAUGUAGAAAUAUCGCACGCGCUCUUUUAUGAGAACGUUACAGCUUUCAUUUUUAUUAUAUUCAUAUGAAAUAUACAUAAUAUACUUUUAGUAGAUCAUUUAAGCAUCACUGUUUGCAAAAAUAUUAAGAUUCUAGAAAUAACUUAUGUAUUACAUAUAUUAUUGUAACAAAUACAAUAAUUUAAAAUUAUAAUAAAAUUUAGAAAUAUUAUAUUUUAGAAAAAAAAGGAAACUAACAUUUUCGAAUUGCAUCACUUUUAUAGCCAUGACACGAUAUAAUCCAUGCAAUUUUUUAAUAGACUUAUGUAUACAUAAAUAUGUUUAUGCUGUUUAACCAAUUUUCAUUUAAAUAACAGUUGGUAACCUACGUCUUUUUGAUAAAUGCUUUUAUUUGGAAAUAGUAAAUAGAAAAUUAAAUAAUCAUUAGGAUUCAAUAAUAUAAACAUUUAGAAGAUUUAAAAAAGAUUAUUUGUAUGUCUUCGAAUCUGUUGAUAUAGCAAACAUUACAGAAGCGAUCUUUGUAAUAAUAAUUUGUUGUAAUACAUUAUAUAUCUAAUACAUAAAUGCAGACAAGCUUAUAUAUGGUUAAACGCAAAUCUAAUGAAAACCAUUAUUUGAUGCUUUUGAAUUUGAAAAAUGAAAUUAAUUUUAAAUAGGCAUACUAUUACUAUACAAAAUACCUGUACUAUAUUUAUUAAUAACAUUUAUUAUUUUUGAUCCAAUGUCAAAAACUUUUAAAUGAAUUGGUAAAAUACAGAACCAUGCACGAUGACUCGUGCAGUAAAAUCUAAUAACAUUAUGUAUCUUUAAUUCCUACUUCUAUUUUAUCGUACACAUGUAUAAAAAUCCAUUGUAUGUUAUAUACGUAUGCUUAGUGUAUAAACACGAAUUUUAUGUUACAGCAACACAAUAAAAAAUAAGCAAUGACGAAUUACGAUAAGCUUUACUUGCGAUUAGUAUAAAUUUCCGUGUACAAAUGUGUGACAUAAUUAUAACUGUAAAGAAACUAAUUCAAUUGAAUAAAAAAGACCCAUAGAGUUUAAUAAGAUUAUCAAUCAUUUGUAAUCACGACAUAGAGCGUACGGAAUUAUAUAAAUAUGAUGUAAUUUACAGUUUUUUAAAGAUCAAAUUUCCAAUGGCAUUAUGAUAAUCUCUAAAGUUUCAAUUUUGUUAUUUUAUUAGCACCCAUGACAGUACUAUUCUUCAAAUUUAGAUUUUCAAAAUCGUUCUUCUACAUAUUAUUAAUCACACACAUUUUGUGGAUAGAAUAUUUCAUGAGAUUAUAAUAGUAAAUUGUAUACACUAGCAGUUAUUAAACUGCUGAAUUUCACAGUAAUAGAAGAUUCCCUUCUAUCUUAUUAAAUAUAUUAUUGCUCAAAUGUUCUAAUGUAUAUACAGAAAGUAUAAUUGUAUCAGUUAUUUUUAUAUAUAUGAGUACAUGACGAGUAAAUGUUUGUUAAAUAAAUAUUAGCUGAUGUUUUGAUUGCCCAUAAACGCAUGGUUUUCAAUUCGUUAUCCUAAUAACGAUCAUAUGUAGUAAAAAAUCAAUAUUUAUAUGAAUUGAGAACUAUGCGUAGCUCUUCGUUCUAUUUUUAGUCGGUUUUAAUUUGGGCUACUAUUUUUAUAUGUUUAGCAAGAUCUUAUCUUUCUGAUUUAUUUAUAUAUUUCAAAUAUAUAUGAAUAUUUUUGAAAAACAAUCAUAUUUCGUUCUAUAUGAUUAAUGGAAGGGAAAUCUUUUCCUACUGAUGUAAAAUCCAUCGGUGCAUUAUUAAUAGUCACGGAUGUACAUUAUACAUAUGAAGUUACUUCGUAUUGAAAAAUUUUUAGAAACGUAUAAAAUCCGAAUGAUACAAAAAGUAGUUGAUCAUAUGAGUUUAGAAUGAAUAACAGUCAUAUAAAAUGUACAUCUACGAAUAUCUCAACCAGAAGUGGCCACUUAAAAAAUUUUUUAACUUUUUCUAUGCUAUUAUUCUUUCAAUUAUUUGCAUUUAAAAAUAUUUAUAUGUGAUCAUUACUCGUUAUUAUUUUCCAGAAUAGCAGUUUAUAGUUUAUAUAUUGCAUUAACAAUAUUUACAUAAAUUUAAGCAAUAUUUUAUAUCAGAGACGUGCAAAUUUUUGGUUGAAGAAAUAAUUCUUUUAUUACUGCUUAUUGCUUAUCCCCAUUCGAGUAUGAUUACUCUUUUGGCAUGUUCAAAUAUUAUAAUACCUAGAUUAAACAGUAAUAUUGUAGUUGUUACAAUGUAAUAACAGCAAACAAACUCGGAAAAAUACUGAUAUGAUGAAAGCAAGAAUUCGUUUAGAGAAAUAAAAGAAAGAAUGGGAAUAAGAGUAAUAGGCUCUAUAUGCCAAUUUUGAACGUCUCUGUUGUACAUGGAGUACAAAAACAUGAUAAAUCAUUAAUUUAAUAAGUAUUUAUGUGCAUAUAAAUGCAUAUUAAUUAACAUGCAUUUAUAUACAUUGAAAAACUUCUCAUUUUUGAAGCAACUACACAAUGUAUCAUGAAUUCCGGUUAGAAAAAUAAAAUUGACAAAUAGAAUGGUAACCAU